CACACAAUCAAUCCCACACACUUUGCCUAAGUCAUGUAACUUGCUCAAUUCAGAGCUCCUUCCUGUUUUUCCACUAGUGCCGUCUUCUCUCGUGCCUGCCUUCACAGACUGGGCUGAGCAGGAAGUCCAGAAAAAAGUUUGCCCAGGAAGAGUCGCAAAUCUUUUAAAGAGGAAAAGCAGACCCACGAGGAAAUCUCACAAGGACUUUCAAGAGGACGUUGUUUGUUUGUGUUGUGACAUUUGAAACCGGGGUGGUGUCUGCCCUACGCCAUGGGGGCUGUGAGAGGUUUUGUUGGGGUUGAAGAGAGUGGAAAAGUGCUUCUGAAAGGAGAGGACUGACACACUUUUUGCAUAUUAACUCAGUUGUUAGAGCGGAAGUGCUCCAACCAGACAAACCAAAUUCCUGCUGAUGGAUUGUAGAGGGAAACACUGCCCUGAAGCCUCAGACACUGCUGAGGAGUAGACACUCUCACACACACAUCAGGAGAGGGAGAGGAGAGGGGCCAGAAGAAAAGACAUGGAAGCACUGAGAGAGUCUUUUCUGAAUUUGACUUUUCAGAUGUCAUCCUAUAAGAGAGCCACGCUGGAUGAGGAGGACCUGGUGGACUCCACCGCUGACGACAUCUACCCAUCAUCACCCAUGCAGGUGACACUUCUACACGGCCGGAGUCCAACAUGUUGGCCAGACAGGACACAGACGGAGCGGAGGCUGCUGUUUUUAGUGUGCGUCAUGUCCGUAGGCCUGUUCAUAUCUCUCAUCACGACUGGGGUCUUCUACAAACAGACUCACCCUGGCUUGUGUCUAUCAGAGCCGUGCAUUACUGUGGCCAGUGCAGUCAUGGGGGCCCUGGAUCGAUCUGUGGACCCCUGCCAUGACUUCUACAACUUUGCUUGCGGGGGCUGGGUGAAGAACAACCCCCUGCCUGAGGGCAAGUCCCGCUGGGGACCUUUCAGCAACCUCUGGGAGAACAACAUGCUUGUGAUGAAGCAUUUAUUAGAAAACACAACAAUAAUAGGUCUGAGUAAGUCUGAGGCAAAGGCCCAGAAAUAUUAUCAGGCCUGCAUGAAUGAGAGCAAGAUUGAAGAAUUAGGAGCAAAGCCACUACAGGAGCUUAUCAGCCAGUUAGGAGGAUGGUCCUUGACCGGAGACUGGGACAAGGACAACUUCCAGGAAGUUUUGCGUAUGGUGUCAGCCAACUUUCGCACCUCACCGUUCUUCACAGUGUUUGUCAGCACCGACUCCAAAAACUCCAACAGCAACAUCAUCCAGGUGGAUCAGUCCAGCCUGGGGCUACCUUCACGGGAUUACUACCUCAACAAAACAGCAAAUGAAAAGUAUCUGUCAGCAUACCUCAACUUCCUGGUGGAAUUGGGGGUUCUUCUUGGUGGCUCCGAAGAGACUUCUUCAUCACUGAUGCUUGAGAUCGUGGACUUUGAAACCACCCUGGCCAACAUCACAGUCCCUCAGGACGAGAGAAGAGACGAGGAGCUCAUCUACCACAAGAUGAAGGCCAAAGAUCUGUCGACUCUGGUUCCUGCAGUUGACUGGAUGCCAUACCUCACAGAAGUGUUUGCUCCUGUGCAACUCAACGAGUCAGAGCCAGUAGUUGUUUAUGCCAAAGAAUACCUCGAGCAAGUUUCGGAACUCAUACUCAACACAAAUAAAAGCCUACUCAACAACUACAUGAUAAUGAAGGUGGUGAGGAAGAUGGUGUCCAUUUUGGACCAAAGGUUCCAGGAUGCAGAGCAGCGCUUCCUUGAGGUCAUGUACGGGACAAAGAAGAGACUUUUUUACUGA